CAGAAAGAUACACAGUGCUAGAUUUCCAAAUGUUUCGCUAUGUUCAAAACGUGGGUAAUACUGUUCUUGAUAAAGCUUUCGGUGCAAUGUCAAGUGCCUAGUUUCGACUACAACAUGAUGGAGGUAAACGGUGAAAGUCAAGAAAUAAAUGGUUGUAUUUCACCUGACAAAAUUCUUUAUAAAGGUGAAAUUUCCAAUAUAAAAGUAAAACAUCAAAAUAUUCAAAAUUUAAAUUACGGUGCGGUUCAAAAAAUUUCAAGCAGAUUUUUUAUCGACUUUGUCAAUACCAGCAUCGCGAUUAUAAGGGAAGGGGCGUUCUUGGAUCUUCCCCAACUGCAUCUAAUAAAUUUCGAGGGCAACGACCUCUCUUGGAUUAGUGAAAAUGCAUUCAAAGAUUUGCCAUCGUUAACGGAAAUAUACCUGGACCAUAAUAAGAUCCAAGAUAUAUCGCCACGUGCUUUUAAUAAUCUUCCAGAGUUAGCUAAAGCGUCCCUUAGGGGAAAUACAUUGGCAAGUUUUGACCAAUCUUGGUUUUAUAAAACGCCAGAUCUUCAGUUUUUAAAUUUGGGACAAAAUCGAUUGCGCAACAUUCAACGAGGUGCCUUUAUCAAGCUUCCAUCUCUUACGCGUCUAUGGUUGGAUAAAAACCAAAUACAGUUUGUCGACAAAGACGCCUUGAAAGGGUUAAAAAAUUUGAAAUAUUUGAGUUUGACUGAGAACAAAUUAAAAAAUUUUGACUUUAAUUUCUACGCCCCUUCAAAAUCAAUUAGUGUUUCUACUAACCACAAUAACAUAACGUACAUAUCUGAUGAAAUGCUGAACGUAAUAGGAUCCAAAUUCUUGUACCUUCUCAUAACCGGUAACCCUUUGCAAUGUGCCUGCCUGGAUAAAUUAAUACAAUUGAGUGACACCUUUAAUAUACAUGUUCCACAGUUGAAAUUUACACAGUCCGGUGCCGUUUGUACAAUUCCAAAGACAAAACCAAACCAGUGUCUUGAAAGAAGGGAUGAUGAUUUCCAAGAAGGAUUCUGGAUUAGUUUUAAACGUGAACAUACAUCAACCGAGACUCUCGAUUAAAAAUAAACCUGAUGACAAUAGUAGUGUUAUUUCUGAGUUUGUGAACGUGUCACUAAUUUUGACUGGUGCUCCAUGUCUUAAAAAACUAAACUGCGUGAUGAUGGACCAUUCUAAUAUUAUAUUGUUAUAUAUGUAUUGCUAAUGUUUUUAUUUUGUACAUUUACAAAUAUGUUCAAGGAUAUUUUA